GGUAGCUGAUACGAGCUCUGUGUGUGUGUGUGUGUGUGUGUCUCUCCCCGAGAAUUUAAUAUCACCGUGCAGAGGAGGAGAGGAACUUUGUAGACACAUACGCACAGUGGGGGCUGGUGGAAGAGGAAGAAGACAGAAGAAGCCAAUGAUUGGGGGAUCAGAGACACUUCCCCUUCCCCCAUGCACAACACACCUAAUAAUAUAGUAAUCCCAUCAUCCAAUAGACCACAGACUUCCCCCUGCCCCAUAUUCCUAUGGACAGACACCUGCAGGAAAGAAGCUGUUGAUCCUGUACCAUGAAGGACUGCCUUCAUACCUCUUCUGAAAACCUUUCCAAACUGGUCAGCUGGGCUCACAGCCAUGGGACUAUAUGUAGUCUCAUUCCAAACCUGAAGCACUUGCUCUCCGAAGGUUCUCAGGGUAACCUGACAGCGAUGUGGGGCUGUAGUGCUGGCCAUGCAUACCACUGGCCGCUGACCGCUACUUGCAGGGCUAAGUCUCAGGAAAGAGUGUGUUUCCAAGACAACAGAAGCUUCAAUUCAGACAGUCCCAGCAUCAUAGGUGUGCCAUUGGAAACACAGACCAGCCCAGUGGAGCGGUACUCUGGGAGGCCAGUGAAAACAAAGCUGGAUUGUAACAGGACCAGAGAUUCCUGUGACUUCUCUUACUGCAGUGAGCCUUCGGAGCUAGGUGAAGCUGUGGAAGAAUAUGAAGAUGAAGCUACUCUCUUUGACAUGGUCUGUGAAUCCUCUGUGACUGACGAGGACAGUGACUUCGAACCUCAUCCCCAAAGAACCCAAAACACCUCCCAGAAAAGACCUACAAGAGGCCUCUCUUCAACACCUCUGUCAGGCUCCCGGGCCCAGAUCACCAAUGAAAGUAGCAAUGAUGUAAUAGUCAAGAAAAUUAAACAGGAGAUCUCAGAAGAUUACUAUAUUGUGGCUAAUGCAGAACUGACUGGCAGUGUUGAGGGGCCUGUGCUCUCUUUGACACAGAUGUCAAAGCCCAAGCCUCAGACUCAUGCUGGGCCCUCCUGCAUUGGCCUAUUGAAGCCCACUCCCCUUGUAACACCUUCUCUAGACCUACAGAACAUGUCUGCUUCUCCACCAGUCCUGUCAUGGCCUGCUGUUCAGAAGCCUGUCAGGGUAACUAUGGCUUCCCCAGCCAGAGGGACAGCUAGUACUCCUGCAAACAGACAGCAGGUAGCCCUUCAGAUGCCUGUCAGCAGUUCCAAUGCCAGCAAACAGAUUAGUAUUCCUUUGUCAGCCCUGCAGCUCCCUGGGCAAGAAGAACAAGGUGCCUCAGAAGAAAUCCUCCAAUCUGUAACAAAUCAGGUCUCAGCCUGCGAAGUGACAUCCUCCCCUUCUGUGAGUGCAGAACCAGAAGUCAGCUCUAGCCAGCAGCAACCAAACACUGCUCCUACAAUCACCACUAAAGCAACAGCGCAAUCAAUAGCAGACCAGGAUGAUAGAGUAGUGGAGCUCAGCAGGGAGCAGAAUGAGAAAACCAUUCGCAGCACUCAGACAGCUCUCCGGAACUUCCGAGAGUUCCUCAUUUCCAAGUAUCCCUCCGAGACCCGAGAAAUCUAUGUCAUCCCCUGCAAAGAGCUUGAUGCCUACCUUGCUUCCUUCUUUGUGGAUGCUAGACAGAAGGAUGGUUCAGAAUAUGAGCCAAACAGCUUGGCCAACUAUCAGUGUGGGCUGGAGCGGUAUCUCAAAGAGCACAGAUAUGGAUACAGUAUUACCAGGGAUAAAGAGUUCAAGAGAUCACAAGAAGCUCUGAAGCAAAAGCAGAUCGAGCUGAGGUGUAAAGGGAAAGGAAACAAACCACACAAAUCCAUGAAACUUACCUUUGCUGAUGAACUUAUCCUACGCAAAAGAGGUUUGUUGAGCAGGUACAAUCCUGAGGGGCUGUUGAACCUUGUCUGGCUAAAUAACACUAAGGCAUUUGGACACUGCACAGGUUUUCAUGGGUCCACCCUCAAAUGGGGAGACAUCCGGCUCCGGGUGACAGAGACUGAGUUGGAAUACUUGGAAUGGAUGGGGCCAGACAACAGUGAUGCAAAUGCCAAAAGCAAGAAAGGAGGGACUGAUUCCAGGGUGUAUGCCACCCAGCACUCCCCACAGACCUGCCCAGUGCAAGACUACAAGGAAUAUGCACAACGGCGGCCCCCAGCGAUGCGAUACGAAGAUGCUCCUUUUUAUCUAUCCAUCAAACCAGUCGUCAACUUGGCUGCACUUCACUGGUACAAUUGUCAAGCCCUGGGGAAAAACAAGCUUGCCAAGAUGGUAAAGACGAUGUGCGAGAAAGGCAACAUCCCUGGCAGGAAGACCAACUUCAGCGUCUACCAGAGCUGCAGUACCCUGUCAGAAGCACAGAGCAAUCAGCUGGUGCUGAUCUGUAAUAACUUGAGUCAGCAAGCUGCCCAGUCCAUGGCAAGUCACUCUACUACUGACAACUUCAUAGUGUCAGCUUCCUAUGACUCUUCCUCUGACAUGGCUUGAAAGGGGGAUUUAAUUUGAACAGUGUUUUCUUUUUCUUUUUGUUUCAAGCAUUGAAUUUGUGCCCAAUAAUACACAUCAACUGUGAUUGUAUACUAUUCCUCCA